AUGAAACGUAGCAAGAUGUCUCGCUGCAGCAUGCGCAGCGUACAUUGGACAUUGUUUGCUCAAUGUUCUCUGGUUCUUCUGGUUCAGUUUCAUAUUAACCUCGCCUCCUCAGCCGCCGCACCAAACCCCACUGACAUCCUCCUCAAGUUCAAGGACUCACUCAAGGGUGGUGGUGAUGCGCUGAAGAACUGGGUGAAAACCACGCCUCCGUGCGGUGAUAAAAAGUCGAACUGGGCUGGCGUUAUGUGCGACAAGGGACAGGUUUUCGGCUUGCAGCUGGAAAAGAUGGGGUUAAGCGGCGACAUUGAUGUCACAUCUCUAGCGCAGCUUCCAGACCUGAGAACCAUAAGCGUCAUGCAAAAUAACUUCGAGGGUGUCUUACCGGAAUGGAAGAAAGUUUAUUUGUUGAAAACGUUGUAUUUGUCUGAUAAUAAAUUCUCCGGAGAGAUUCCCGCCGAUACGUUUGAGGGAAUGAAGAAUUUGAAGAAGCUAUAUAUGUCGAAUAACCAGUUUUCCGGCGAGAUUCCCAAGUCGUUGACAACCUUGGAUAAGCUGACGGAGCUGGACCUUGACGGGAACAAAUUUUCAGGCAAAAUACCGGAUUUUCCACAAUCUCGUUUAACUGGCUUCAAUGUCGCUAGAAACAACUUGGAGGGUGAGAUCCCAGUUACCUUUAGGAAGUUGAAUGCGACCUCCUUUGCUGAGAAUAAAGAUCUGUGUGGAGGUCCAUUACAUGCCUGCUCAGCUCCCUCCACACACGUUAAUACGGUGAAGCCCAGAAGUGUGAGCACUAGCCUGAUUGUGACUAUGAUUCUGAUAGCAGUCAUAUCCAUCUGUGCGGCACUGUUCUUCGUCGUCGUCAGACGUCGCAACAAAAAAGCCGAAUACUUGUCGUCAUCAAAUAUAGAGGCUCCACCGGCACCAUCGGUCCAAAACAGAUCAGUAGAACCAGCUCCCAAGGAACCAGACCAAGUUAGUGAAACCUCAGAGAACUCGAGUAGAGGAGGAGGAGGAGGAGCACGAGCUGCAGCAGCAGUAGGAGGAGGAAGUACUGGUGGGAAGAAGGCUGAUAGCUUGAAGCUCUCAUUCGUCCGAGACGACAGGGAAAGGUUUGAUAUGCAAGACUUGCUAAAAGCCUCGGCCGAGGUAUUGGGCAGCGGCAGCUUUGGGUCUGCUUACAAGGCGGCUCUGCUGAGUGGACCGGUGAUGGUUGUGAAGAGGUAUAAGCAAAUGAACAAUGUGGGAAAAGAGGAGUUCCAAGAGCAUAUGAGGAGAAUAGGAAGAUUGGUGCACCCUAAUUUGCUUCCCCUUGUGGCUUAUUAUUAUAAAAAAGAAGAGAAGCUCUUGAUUGUCGACCAUAUUGACAAGGGCAGCUUGGCAGUUCAUCUUCAUGGACACCAAACCCUAGGUCAACCAAGCCUUGACUGGCCGAAGCGUCUGAAGAUUGUCAAAGGCGUAGCCCAAGGCUUAAAGUACCUCUACAGUGAGCUGCCGAGCCUGACGACACCCCAUGGCCACCUAAAAUCCUCGAACAUUCUUCUCAGUGAAUCCUACGAACCCCUCAUAACCGACUAUGGCCUAAUCCCCAUAGUUAACCAAGAGCAUGCUCAAACCCUAAUGGUGGCAUACAAGUCCCCAGAGUACGUCGCAACCAAGAGGAUCACAAAGAAGACCGAUGUAUGGAGUCUCGGUGUGCUCAUCUUGGAAAUCCUAACCGGGAAGUUGCCAACCAAUUUUUUGCAACAGGGUAAGGGAAGUGAGGAGGAUCUGGCGAGCUGGGUUAACUCAGUGCCUCGAGAGGAGUGGUUCACACAGGUGUUCGAUAGGGAAAUGGGUGCAAGCAAGAACUGCGAGGGGGAGAUGCUGAAGCUCUUGAAAAUCGGGUUGGAUUGUUGCGAAGGUGAUGUGGAGAAGAGGUGGGAUUUGAAAGAGGCUGUUGAGAGGAUUGAAGAGUUGAAAGAAAUUGGUAAUGGUGGUGGUGGUGGUGGUGGUAGCGGCGGCGGUCCAGAUGAGGAUUUUCUCUCUUCUUGCACGAGUGAAGUUGACAUCACGAAGAUGGUGUGA